AGUAGUAUAAAACCGACAUCUAUCCCGCAGAAAAGGCUUAAUUCACCCAACAUCGCUCAACACCUUUUCGCCAUCUCUCGAAGGUCAUUUCUGUAGGAGAAUAAAGUUGAUAACCCAUUUGCAGCAAUGGAACCAGUGAUCGGCACAUUGCCCGAACCGAUAAGACUAGGCGGAGAGCGACCGAUCGAGGCUCUGACCGUUGAGCACCACGAGUUCAUCAAAGCGGCUUUGGACGGAACGGGAACGCACGCCGGGCGCCAGUACCAGGUUGUGCGCUCAACCGAGCGGGUGGUGGCAGGGGUCAUGUUCACCUUCGUCAUCAACUUUGAGGAUGACGAGACGCAGCAGCUGUACAAGAUCACCGCGUGGAGUCGGCCGUGGAUGCCGGACAAGGACGAAGCGCUGAAGUUGACCUUCGAGAGGCACGAGUAAAUCGAGGGUGUUAUCUGUGUGUUUCAUUUGCGAUUGGCGGCAACCGUGUCCGAUUGGGCUACAAUGUGUAUGGGAACAUUUUUUGUAAUAAAGAUUUUGAACACCGAUUUCCAUGUCUCAA